AUGAAGCCGAAGAAGAGGCGAUCAUCGAGCUGGCUCGAGGUCUCCGCCACCAAGAGCUCGUUGGACUUACCAGGAGACAAGAAGAGCUGGAACUUGACCUCCCAGGACCUGGGAGAGCUGGAGCAGAAGGACGUUUACUUGGACAUCACCGAUCGCCUUUGUUUUGCCAUUCUUUACCAGAAACCAAAGAGGACCGAAACCACACACUAUUUCUCCAUAGAUGACGAAUUUGAAUAUGAGAACUACUUCGAAGAUUUUGGACCCCUCAAUCUGGCAAUGGUUUACAGAUAUUGCUCCAAGAUAAAUAAGAAAUUAAAGUGCCUUAAAAUGACAAGGAAGAAAAUAAUUCAUUUUACGGGCCCUGACCAGAGAAAACAAGCAAAUGCAGCUUUCCUUAUGGGGUGUUACAUAAUAAUAUUUUUGGAGAAAUCUCCAGAAGAUACCUACAGGGUGCUGCUGGGUGGAAACCUAUCCUAUGUUCCUUUCAGGGAUGCUUCCUUUCGUAAUUGCACUUUCUACUUAACACUACUACACUGUUUUCAGGCAGUACAUAAGGCGGUCCAGUAUGGCUUCCUUAAUUUUGAAGAAUUUGACCUUGAUGAUUACGAGCAUUAUGAAAAAGUGGAAAAUCGAGAUUUAAACUGGAUAAUACCAGGCCAAUUUUUUGCCUUCUGUGGCCCUCACCCAAGACCCCGACUUGAAAGGGGUCACCAUUAUCAUACACCCUAUUUUAAAAGGCACAAUGUUACCACCAUUAUCAGAUUCAACAAAAAAAGUUACGAUGCCAGGAGAUUUACAGAGGCUGGUUUUGACCAUCAUGAACUUGUCUUUGCUGAUGGCAGCAUACCUAGUGAUGCCAUAUUGAAAGAAUUUCUGAACAUCUGUGAAAAUGCUGCACUUCUCCUAGUUGUCAAUCACCUUCUUUAGAGUCUAAGGAGAAAAUAAAAAAGUUUGUAAUUUUCAGGAACACAGAAAAUGGAGUUGUAUAUUACAGCUUUGUCAGAAAGUUUUCCAAAACAGUCCGCUAUCACUCCAAUUUCUGCUAUUCCAUUUUGUUUCUAGCCCUGCCCUUCAAGGCCUCUGCCCCUUUCCAAAGGGGACAUUCUAUGCUCCACUGGCUAAGGUCCAUUACAGAGCUUACAUUCUCUAUUCAAUGAUCUGUUUUGGCUUGCACACCCUACAGUCAAGG